UCUAACUACUUACAGAAGUUUUUCUAGCCAUGGACAGAGCUUUCUCCUUCUUCAUGUUUGUUCAUUGCCUAAUGAUCUUCUCAGUGAACUCGGAAAAUAAUAUCAACACUGAUCAAUCUGCACUUCUUUCUCUGAAAUCCCAAAUUUCAGAUCCCAAAAACAUGUUGUCAAGUAACUGGUCUACGGUUACCUCUGUUUGCAGCUGGAUAGGAGUUACUUGCGACUCACGCCGCCAUAGAGUGAUUGCACUUAAUAUUUCUGACAUGGGUCUUACCGGCACCGUUCCUCCACAACUGGGAAACCUCUCGUUUCUUGUUUCACUUAUCAUGAGUAGGAAUGUAUUCUAUGGCAAUCUUCCCAAAGAGUUGGGCAAUCUUCGCAACCUGCAGCAGUUAAGCAUGGAUCAUAACCAGAUUACUGGUGUGAUUCCGGAAGAGAUAGGUAACUUGAAUAACUUGAAGAAUCUGAGCAUGGACAACAACCAAAUUACAGGUCUUUUUACGGUGAAUUUAUUUAACAAAUCAUCUCUUGAAUAUCUGUCAUUAAGGAACAACGAAUUGAGCGGAUACAUACCAAGAGAGAUUGGAAAUUUUACAAUGCUCAAGAAGCUAUAUCUUCAGAAUAACACAUUCACAGGUUUAAUACCGCAAGAGGUAAGCAGUCUUCAUAAAUUGGAAGAAACCUACUUCUCGUACAAUAGUUUAAACGGUUCCAUACCUCCAGGAUUAUUCAACAUCUCAACAUUAAACGAGAUUGGAUUUACAAGUAAUGAUCUUUCAGGCUAUCUUCCAUUGGAUUUGGGUAAUAGGCUACCGAAUCUUAAAGAGCUUAAACUGAACCUAAAUAAUAUAGGUGGAAUCAUACCCCCUUCCAUCUCAAAUGCAUCCAAACUUACUGUUCUAUCUCUUCGUCUUAAUAAAUUUACUGGUCCGAUCCCAAACUCCCUGGGGCGCCUGGAAAACCUUGAGUUUCUAAACUUAGCUCGAAACAGUUUGACAGUUGAACCGUCAUCUCCAGAAUUGAGUCUGAUUACUUCAUUGACAAAUUGCAAAUAUUUGAGGUACUUGAUAAUAAACAAUAAUCCUUUAGACAGCUUUCUUCCAGGGUCUUUAGGGAACCUGUCUUCUUCUUUAGAAAAUAUUUAUGCUUCUGAAUGUAAGAUCAAGGGAAGAAUUCCAGAAGAAAUUGGAAAUUUAAGCAAUUUAGUUUUAUUAGAUUUGUCUGAAAAUAACUUGAUUGGGCCCCUUCCAAUAACAUUUCAAGGUUUAAGAAAGCUUCAGCGAUUGUCUUUCACCAAUAACAAAAUUGGAGGACCCUUUCCAAACUGUUUCUGUGAAUUACCUAAUUUGGGAAUAUUACAAUUGAAUCAAACUGAAAUCUCGGGUCAAAUUCCAGAGUGCUUAGGAAAUGUUCUAUCUUUAAGAGAGAUUUAUUUGAAUUCUAAUAGAUUGAAUUCUAGUCUACCUUCAAGCCUGUGGAACCUGAAAAAUCUCUUGACUCUGAACCUGUCUUCAAAUUCCUUUACUGGCUCUAUACCUGAAGAAGUUAAAAAUCUUGAAGCUGCAAUCAAUAUAGAUCUUUCUUCGAAUCAGUUCAAAGGAGAAAUUCCGGGCACCAUUGGGAGUCUACAGAACUUGAUCAAUCUAACUUUGGCAAGAAAUGGAUUCCAAGGAUCUAUGCCAGAGUCAAUUGGAGACUUGAUAGAUUUAGAAUUAUUGGAUUUAUCCAAUAACAAUCUCUCAGGUAUGAUUCCCAAGUCUUUUGAGAAACUACGACAAUUGAAGUUCUUGAAUGUAUCGUCCAACAGAUUAAGGGGAGAAAUUCCCACUGGAGGACCCUUCAAGAAUUUCACAUAUCAGUCUUUCAUGUCAAACGAAGCCUUAUGUGGUACUCAGUUGCAUGAUAUCCCUCCAUGUCGUCGUAGUUCUUCUCAUGGGUCAAAAAGGAAAAAGCUUCUUCUAGUGAUACUUAUUCCCGUGGUGAUUUCAUCAACAAUUCUUGCUUUGGCUUUUGUAUAUAUCAUAAUAAGACGACAAAGGAGAAAUAAUCCAGCUCACUCUUAUUCAUCACCUGAAAUUGCUCCCAAAAGAAUUCCAUACCAUCAUCUUCUAAAUGCAACAAAUGGGUUCAACGAAAGCAACUUGCUUGGUUCGGGUAGUUCUGGUUCGGUUUACAAAGCCAGUUUCCCAAAUAGCGUGUCUGCAGCAGUAAAAGUAUUUAAUUUGCAAUCAGAAGGUGGGUUCAAGAAUUUCGACAGUGAAUGCGAAGUUCUGCGCAAUCUUCGCCAUCGAAAUCUCACAAAAGUCAUUGGAAGUUGCUCUAAUCUUGAAUUCAAAGCUCUGGUGCUUGAGUAUAUGCCUAAUGGUAGCCUGGAGAAGUGGUUGUAUUCAGACAACCUUAACUUAAAAUUUCUUCGACGGUUAAAUAUAAUGAUCGAUGUUGCAACUGCACUGGAAUAUCUCCACAACGGCUACUCAGUGCCUGUAGCUCACUGCGAUUUGAAGCCUAGCAAUGUUUUGCUGGACAAAGAUUUGGUUGGACAUGUCUCUGAUUUUGGGAUGACAAAAUUUCUGGGAGAAGAAACUGCAGUGCAUACCAAGACUCUUGCUACAUUCGGUUAUAUUGCACCAGAGUAUGGAACAGAAGGGCUAGUAUCCACAAGGUGCGAUGUUUAUAGCUAUGGAAUAAUGUUGAUGGAAACUUUUACAAGAAAAAGGCCAAGUGACGAAAUGUUUGCUGGAGAUUUCAGCCUAAGGCGAUGGGUGAAGGAUUCAUUACCUGAUGUAUUACAUCAGGUAGUAGACCCUAACAUACUGAAACUUGAAGAAAAACACUUGAAUGAAAAGCUGCAUUGCAUAGCAUCCAUCAUGGAGUUGGCUUUGAAUUGCCCCGCAGAGUCUACCUUGGAGAGAUUGAAAAUGACAGAUGCCUUAGCUGCUUUGACCAAAAUCAAGCUUCAGGUUCUUACAUCUUGUGAAGGAUCCUGAUUGAUUGUUCACACUUGAAUUUGUUACCAUGUAACCAUGAUUAUGUCUAGUUGAUGAAAAACAAAAUUAAGGGGAAAACCCACCUCGACACUCGACACCACCGUCCAUAAACCCAACAGGUAGAUUCUGUUAAGGCAUAUGAUGUCAAUCCAUGUGUUGUGCACAAGACUAGGUGUCAAGGACCGUAGCUUUACUUAGCCCCUUGAUACUAUCGCAGCCGCAGUUUGCCCAACUUCGGCCGCACA